CUAAACGAAGAAAGAAAUCUCUAAACAUGUCUGGACGUGGAAAGACCGGUGCCGGCAAGACCAGAGCAAAGGCCAAGACUCGCUCAUCUCGUGCCGGACUCCAGUUCCCCGUCGGCCGUGUCCACAGGCUGCUGAGGAAGGGCAACUACGCCGAGCGUGUCGGUGCCGGCGCCCCAGUCUACCUGGCCGCGGUGCUCGAGUACCUGACCGCUGAGAUCCUGGAGUUGGCCGGCAACGCCGCCCGCGACAACAAGAAGACCAGGAUCAUCCCCAGGCACUUGCAGCUGGCCGUCCGCAACGACGAGGAGCUCAACAAACUGCUCGGCGGAGUCACCAUCGCCCAGGGCGGCGUGCUGCCCAACAUCCAGGCCGUCCUCCUGCCCAAGAAGACCGAGAAGCCCGCCAAGAAGUAAACGGCAAAGGCCUCGCCUCAACACAAACACCAACGGCUCUUUUAAGAGCCACACACCUGCUCUUGAAAAGCGCCUGUUUCUACACUGUCGCUGAAACACAGGAACGA